CCCACUCAACACUGACAUUCACGACCACCCAACUAUCGACACGACGACUAUGGCUACGAAGGCAGGAAAGAAGCGCGCGGGCCCCUCGACUGAGGACGUGCCGAGGACGGGCCACGCGACAAAAAAGACGCGCUUUGUUGAGCCAGUGGACGAUCCAGCUAACUUCGAGGAGAAAGUCAAUGAGGGUCUAGAGGACCCCAGCGCACAUCGCAAAGGACGCGUCAAGACUGAGGGCUACGACUCUGACUCAAGCGACGAGGGGGAGGGGGUGGUGUUCAGUCGGCAGAAGGGGAAGGAGGAAGAGGAAGAAGACGACAUGUUCGCAGUGGGGGACAAGGACGACGACAAGGCGGGCGAGAGCGCGAAGAAGAAGAAGACCGAGUACCUCCGGCUGGGGGACAUCGAGGGGCAGGAGUUCAACGACGGCGCGCGCGAAGGCGACGAGUCCGAGGAGAGCGACGAGCCCGAAGACGAGGACGCGGCGGAGCGGAAGAAGAAGGAGGGCAUGGGCUUCGAGCUCUCGUCGUUCAACAUGCGCGAGGAGAUGGAGGAGGGGAAGUUCACCGAGGACGGGAGCUACGUGCGCUCCUUCGACGCGCACGCGGUGCACGAUCGGUGGAUGGAGGGCGUGGACGAGCGGCAGAUCAAGCUGGCGCGGAGGCGGAAGCGCGAGCAGGAUCGGAUACAGAGGGAGAAGAUGAAGGCCGAGGAGCGCGAGAUCGAGCAGAGUGGGGGGAAGCCGGCGCUUGAGCUGCAGCUCGUGCCCUUCCUGAAGAAGGGCGAGUCGGUGCUCGAGGCCUUGCAGCGUUUGGGCGCUGUGGCGAAGAAGAAAGGUCACAAGCCAAACAGCAAUAGCAUGCAGGUCGAUAAAGCCCCCUCAGGCCCGACCGCCGUCGAAACCAUCACCCAUCUCGCCUCCAACAUCAUGUCCGUCGGCGAUGUCGAUGUCUACUCGAGGACCUACGAAGAACUCGUACGCUCCGUACGCUCCUCCGGCCUCGUCGAACCGGACUGGGACCCACCGUCCGCAGAUGUCAAGUACGAAUACAAGUGGGACAUGCCGGGGACGGAUGCGCCGGACCAGACUUUUGGCCCCUUCAGCGAGGAGGAGAUGAAGUCGUGGUACAAAGCGCACUACUUUGGACAGUAUGGCGAGAAGGUGAAGGUGCGGCCGGUAGGUGGGGAGUGGGGUGAUUGGGACGAUGUCAUCCUAUGAGCUCGUCUGCGCGUCUGUGACCAUUUCUCGCCUAUAUCUUCAAUUUCCAUGCUCCUGUAUCCCUAUCGUGCUGUGUAUUGCUAUCUACCGCAUCGUCUUUGACUACGCGGCUUUGGUGAUGGAUGCGCUGUUG